AUGGUGGCUGACUUUUACGGUGGGAAAAUCUUACUAAAGUUUAAUCUUUAUGUUCGUGCAGACCUAGUGGUUGCUAGUGCUGGUGACGAUAAAAAGAUAUCACUUUGGAAUAAAAAUGGCCAAAGUAUGGGAUCCUUUCCUUCUCACGGCAGCGACCUUGCUGAUGACAUUGAGGAAUCCAUAAAUUGUAUCAGCUUUAGUAAUAAAAGUUCUAGAUAUCUUUGCUCUGGAGGAAGUGGGCAUAUUGUCAAAAUAUGGGACCUGCAGAGGAAAAGGUACAUCAAACGGUUGAGUGGUCAUAUUGACACAAUUACAGGUGUAAUGUACAACUGCAAAGAUGAACAUUUAGCAUCCAUCAACGAGAAGGGGGAUCUCAUACUUCAUUAUCUUGCUUCCGGAACCCGGGCUGAACUCAAGGAUCCAAAUGGGCAGGUACUAAGAGUACUUGAUUAUUCUCGAUUUAGUCGACAUCUUUUGUCAACAGCUGGGGAUGAUGGAUCUGUUCAUAUUUGGGAUACAACUGGUCGCAGACCAAAGGUUUCUUGGUUGAAACAACAUUCUGCCCCAACAAUUGGUAUUUGCUUCUCUCCAUCAAGUGACAAGGUUAUUGUUACAGUUGGUCUUGAUAAAAAGUUGUAUAUGUUUGAUUCUGGAACAAAAAGACCCUCAUAUUGCAUGCCUUUUGAGGCACCCUUCUGA